AUGGAGGGCAAGACUGAGCGGCGAGAGAAGCUGGAAUGUCCUUUGGUGCCUGCUUUAGAGCAAAAGCUGGCGAACAUGACUCGCUCACGGCCUGUAAUUGGCCGGGCACCACGCAGUGCUGUCCUAGACAAGCUUGCCUCUUUCUUGCCGCAAAUGGCGCACGAGAACGCCCGCCUCCAACAAGAUAUGCAGGAUCUUGCCUGUGGACUUUUGGAGCUUCGCGACGUAGCGGCGUUGCGAGCUGCGGAGCGCGCCAUGGAGGGUCAAGGGGGGGUGCUUCAUUCCGGCGGGAGCGGGAGCAGCAGUAGCAGUAGCGCAGACGAUAUUGAUGAAGACGACAGUGAUGACGAUGACGAUGAGGAUUUCCAUCUUGGGGAUGGUGAUGGAGAGUUGCCUAAGGCAAACACGCAAGGACUCGAACCCAUGGUGGUGGAGGAGGACGAGGAGGAAGAGGAGGGCGUGGCUGAGGGGGAGGGUGCGGGGGGAAGAGGUGGUGUGGUGGGGCCCCGGGAUGGGCAGGCCGGCCUAAGGCGAGCUGGCCAAGGGCGUAGCUCGGCGAACGGGCGCCGAAGGGUUGCGGCGAAGAGGUCCAAAUUGAUAGAGGAGCUUUCCUAG